AUGAAGGCAGCAGUAGUGUUGGUGCUGGUAGUGACGGCGGCAGUGGCCAUCCCGGUCCAGUGGCUAGAGCUGGAGUCAGCCAAGACUCUGCAGAAUGACCAGACUACUCGUCUCGGAGACGUCUACGAGUUUUGCAAUAAAUCGGUAGACCCUCUGGUCAUUACUGGCCUGACGUUGAGCCCUGACCCACCGAAGGAGGGAAAGCCUCUAACUAUCACCGUCAGCUAUACACUCACUGAAAAAGUGACUGGCGGAAUGAUCAAGGUCGACGCGGAGUUGGACAACGUGCCACUGUACAAUGGCAGCGUUGAUCUUUGCGACUUACUCGUUCAGGUGGGAGAGAAGUGUCCCAUCGACCCAAUGUCUGCAAGAAACACAACCACCGUCAGUAUUCCUGUAGUUCACGGUAACUUCAAAGCUAGUGCAGUCGCGACGGACGAAUUUGGGAACGAGCUGGCAUGUAUUACUGUUGGUUUCAAAUUCUAA